AUUGCUUGAUUUUGGAGGGCCAUGAAUGUAGCUAGACCAUAUAGUGGAAGGCUCCAAAAAAUAAUACAUAGGAAUGUUAAAACUAGUAAAGAGAAGACAGAAAAUAAAAUAAAAUGGAAACAUGAAAUAACUAAAUAUGAGAGUGAGUAUAAAUAGGAAUGGAGAGGGUAAUUAAAGAAAAAAUAAAGAAUAUACAUUUGGUUCAUGAAUAAUUGGGUCACUUAAUAAAGAAAAUAAUGUGUGUCUAGAUGCGUAUUCAACAUUUCAGUAGAUUCCUUAUUUUAAUCACUCUACCUAUCUCUUCAUUACUUAUCAGUAUCACCCAAUACACUCAUAUCCGCGUUGAGAAGAAUAACUAAUGGCUUCCUCAUCAACGUCUUCAUCUUCAUCUGCAGUAUCGGUGACGAGAGACGAGUUCAAUGCCUUCCACAAGUGUGACAGAGACCUUUUCAGCCGUUUUGUCGGGCGUCUAAGGCGAGACAUUAGCCAGUCUCUUCAGGUCAUGAGCUUUCUCCUCUAUCUCGAGAAAAGUGGUCUCGUAAGCAACCUAAUCGUCAACUUUAAUUCUUUACCCGAUUUCUUCAUCAACGCAGUGGCUGACGAAGUCGUGAUGUGUCUGAGUUGUUUGUCCUACGAAAAUUUCUCAAUGUUUGUUGCCAACUUUGGGCAAAAAACCAUACCUUUGAUCACGCGGAUGACUGGAGAGUACCUUACUCUCGCAGUAAUCCACCAGAACCGCGAAAGCAUUCUUCUUUCGAUGAAGGAGCAUUUAAACAGUAUAUGUUACCCAGCUUUUGAGGAUAUAUGCGUGCAAGCUGAGGAGAAAAAGGUGAUGGAGGAUAUGAAGCAGUUGGGGUUUAGCAAGGACAAGGUUGUUCAUAAAGCUGAAUCAAGUAGCCAGUUCUUAAGUGGACAACAAGUAACAACAAGAACAAGCAAGAUUGGUGCAUUUUCUGAGGAUGAGCAGGCAAGGGAAGACGACAGGACUGUCUUCCUCACAUUUUCUAGAGGAUACCCGAUUUCCGAAGCAGAAGUGCAUGCCUACUUCACCAGGAGAUUUGGGGAGAUUAUAGAAGCGAUAAUCAUGCCUGGAGGAGAAGGGAGUGAGCAGGCGCUGUAUGCAAAGAUGGUGUUACGUUCUGCAGCCAUGAUACCGGAGAUUGUAAGUGAUGGGAUCACAAGAAACAAAUACACCAUUAAUGGAAAACAUGUUUGGGCUCGAAAAUACAUUCCCAGAUCCUCCAUUAAUAAUCUUGCCCCAUCCAAUGGAGUCUCUAUCUAGUUUUUAUUAUAUCAUACUCCUUGUUUGAUCUUGAGGACUUGUGUGUACCUUUAUCUAUUUUUUUUGAACUUUAUUUGGUGGUAUUCGAUAUUAUAUGUUGUUGUAGCAGUGACUUCUAUUUUGCAUGGACUUUGGGUGCAUCUUUCAUUUUCUUCUCUUUGUUUAUGCAAAAUAUGCAGUGACUCCUUGUUU